AUGUGUUUAUGGGUUCGGAACAAGCACCCGGUUUGCGGCCACGUGUUGCUCACCAAGGAGGAGAUUUCGCUCCUACGAUGCGAAAUGGGAAAACCAGCGGACGAAAAGCCAAACGGCUGCGAAUCUCAGAGUUAUACUGUGGCCGACAAGAUUUGCGAUGGUCGUGAGGGGUGUGAGCGGGAACGGUGCGUGUACAACAAAAAGGGCCCAGUAUGGCUCUGUUCACGUGCACACAGAGGACUGCAUCACUGUUCGAUGGUCAGAGGCGACGAUCUUACGAAAAGACGAACGAGCAUUCGAAAAAUAAGGGAGAGGUUCAUCGGCGAGAGGCGAUCGAGACCAGGAAGCUUUUGUGAAAGUCGGGCGGCACUGCCGAGGGACUGCAAGAUGGCGGCGGAGGCGCAGCCCCAAAUCGUGGUCGAGGUGGCCGACCAACCACCUUCGCCGAGACGACCGAGCCGCGCGUUGAAACCGAGCGCGAAAGCUCGCGAAGCCAUGCAAUCGCUCGAGGACGUGGCUACCACGUCGAGGAGAGCGGCGAGCGAGACCACGCGGGCGGUUACGACGCGAGGAGCACGCGCGUCUGGGAUUUUAUAUGGAGCCAACAGCCGGAUCGAGACGGGGAAGUCAGGUAUACAGAUGCUCCUGGAGGCGAUCAACGAACAACGAGACGAAAUGUACCGAAUGAUUACCGAGCAGCGAAACACGAUUGGCGAACUACGCGAGGUGAUUUGCAAGCAGCACGACGCGAUUCAAGAACUACAUCGCCAACUUGCAGACACCAGGACCCAGCUUUCUGAAGAACUGAGACAAGCGCGGGAUCAGAUUGAUACCCUUCAACGCCACCCGGUAGCCAUGGCUUCGUCCCAACCAAGCGCAAGAGGGUCAUACGCCGAAGUCGCUCGCACCCCACCAUCAAGCCAGCCAAGCGGUGUGCGCACCCUCUCCUCGCGAAACACGACGCCUUCAUCCUUUACCGACACGUUGUUCUGUACGAUCGAUACAUCUAGGGUGGAGGAGAAAGAGAAGGGAAACGUCCAGGUGGCGGACAUUAGAAAGGCAAUCGAGACAGAGGCCAGGGCACAGGAAAGCAUGGGAGACUGGCGUUGCGCUGCGGUUGUGAAGGAGGCCCGAAACCCGGACCGAGUCAGAGUAAUUUGCAGGGACGAAGGCGAGGUCCAGCUCGUCAAGGAAGCGGCAGUGAAGAUCAGUGUUCCUGGAGUGCGGGUAUUGAGAGACCAGUUGUACCCGGUGAAGGCCGCAGAGGCGCUAGGGACAGAGAACGACGUCAACAUUGCGAAGAUUGCCUGGCUCAGCAGGAAGGAUACAAGCAAGGCCUACGGCUCGAUGGUUGUCUACGUGACGAAGGGCAGCGAAGCAAGGCGACUUCUAGACGGGCGUUACUUCCAUCUCGCCGGAGAAUCCGCUUACACGACCGUUUUCGCGCUCCGGGAAGGCCCAAUCCAGUGCUACAGAUGCCAGGAGAUCGGCCAUAAGGCCUUCGCCUGCAAAAAGCCGCAAAGAUGCGGAAGGUGUGCGGAACAGGGUCACCACCACAAGACGUGUCAGUCCGUGGUCCUGAAGUGCGUGCUAUGCAGAGGACCACACGAGUCAUUUAGCAAGAACUGUCGGCAGAGUCUGCUAAACGACGAGGGACUCAAGGACUUCGCAGUGCUGGCCAUCUCCGAACCAUAUGCCAGGCUGAUCGAAGGCUCGGUGACGACGGUCCCAAUGAGUCAUCACAACUGGACGAAGCUUAUACCAACGACAAGACGAGAAACCACGUGGCCAAUUCGGAGCAUGCUAUGGGUACGAAGCGAUAUAGAGGUCGAGCAGAUUCCAGUGCCGUCGGCAGACCUCACCGCAGCACGCAUUCGGCUCCCAGAUCGGGCAGUGCUGAUGGUGUCAGUGUAUGUGGAGGGUGGUAGUGACGAAGCACUGGAAGAUGCAAUGAGGGAAAUUGACCGACUGAUUAGGAGGUUUCGAAACGGAACAGGGACGAGAACGGAUAUCAUCCUGGCGGGCGAUUUCAACCGCCACGACCAGCUUUGGGGAGGGGACGAUGUCUCACCACGGAGACAAGGCGAGGGAGACCGCAUCAUCAACCUCAUGGACGAACACUCCCUCUGCAGCCUCCUCCCAAGAGGCACGAAGACGUGGCAGUCAGGCGACAUUGAGAGCACAAUCGACCUGGUACUGGCCUCUGCAGAACUAGCAGACCAACUACUCAGAUGCGCGAUUCACCCCUGCGACCAUGGCUCAGACCACAGAGCAUCGAGACAGCUUUUGACACCUCGGUGGAGGACCGUCCCACAGCAGACGGACAGGCUCAUGGCAGCGGUAACCGAGGCGGUCUACGGCCUGACACCUAAAGCCAAACCCUCACCAUACGCCAAGCGGUGGUGGACAACGGACCUGACACGGCUUCGCCAGACAUACACGUUUUGGAGAAACCAGGCGAGAUCUCGACGUAGGAUUGGGCAAACAGCACCAGAGCUCGAACAACGAGCCAGGAUGGCAGCCAAAGAGUACCACGACGCCAUCCGCAGACAGAAGAGUUCGCAUUGGAACGACUUCCUGGCCGAUGACGCUAACAUCUGGCAAGCAACGAAGUACCUGCAAACCGGCAGCGGCACGAUGGGCGAUAAGAUACCCCCGCUCGUCCGACCCGAUGGCUCCAUCACGGAGGGUAAAGCAGAACAAGCGCAGGAGUUACUCACCGCCUUCUUCCCACCUUUGCCAGCGAGAAUCGAAGACGAGGGCCAACGACCUCAACGGGCGCCGGUACACAUGCCAGACCUAACAAUGGAGGAGAUAGAACAAAAGGUCCUGUCCGCUAAGCCAUGGAAGGCGCCCGGGGAAGACGGUCUACCGGCAAAUGGUAUGGAGACAGCUCUGGCCAGUGGUCAAAGACAGGGUGCUCCCAUUUAUUCCGGAACGUCGCUUCGAGACGGCGACAUCCCCAGCCAGUGGAGGAAUGCCAAGAUCAUCCCAUUGAAGAAGCCAGGGAAGAGCGAAUACACUCUAGCCAAGUCCUGGAGACCCAUCUCGCUGCUCUCCACGCUGGGUAAGAUACUGGAGGCAGUCAUUGCGGAGCGUUUAUCCCAUGCUGUGGAGACCUGCGGCCUUCUACCCGCCAACCACUUCGGAGCCAGGAAGAGACGCUCGACCGAACAGGCUCUCCUUCUGCUUCAGGAACACAUCUACAAAGCAUGGAGAGCUAGGAAGGUGCUCAGUUUGAUCAGCUUCGAUGUCAAGGGCGCAUACAAUGGGGUCUUCAAAGACAGGCUUCUCCAGAGGCUCAAGGCAAGAGGGAUACCUGAACCCCUGGUCAAGUGGAUCGACGCCUUCUGCUCCAAGCGCACAGCGACCAUUGCCGUAAACGGGUUCACAUCUGGACGGCAAGAGCUGCCCCAAGCGGGUCUUCCGCAAGGAUCGCCGCUGUCUCCAGUGUUGUUCCUCUUCUUCAACGCCGACCUAGUGCAGCACAAGAUCGACGCGAACGGAGGCGCAAUUGCCUUCGUGGACGACUACACUGCCUGGGUAACGGGCCCGUCAGCGGAGUCGAACCGCACUGGAAUCCAAGGCUUGGAUUCCAAGCUAUCAUCGACAAAGCCCUUGACUGGGAGAAACGGAGCGCGAUUUUCAGAACAACCGUUCUCGGUCAAAGGCGAAGUGGUCAAACCGAAGGAAAGUGCGAAAAUCCUAGGUGUCGUGAUGGAUCGCGAACUCCGCUACAAGCAGCACAUUGCUAGGACGGCAGCUAAGGGCCUCGCAGCCGCUCUGGCCCUGAAGAGGCUGAAGAUACUUUCCCCGCGGACAGCGAGACAGCUAUUUGUUGCGACAGUAGCCCCGGUCAUGGACUACGCUGCCAAUGUCUGGAUGCAUGCGUGCGGGGAAAAGGCACUGAGCUGGCUGAACAGGGCGCAGAAAAUCGGGGCCCUGGCCAUCACGGGAGCCUUUCGAACCGCGGCAACAGCCGUGGUGGAAGCUGAAGCGAGCAUCUACCCCGUACGAGAACGACACGCCCAGGCGGCAGCCAGUCUGUGGAUCAACAUCCACACGCUGCCCGGAACGCAUCCCCUUGCCAUGAAGAAAGUCCGGAACACCGUACGAUUCGUAUCUCCGCUGCAGAAAAUUGCCCGUGUGGCCGAAGGAGUACGAGUUGACCGGAUGGAGACAAUCCAGGAAUACGCCGUCCCGCCCUGGGUACCUCGCCUACGACCGACGCUCGAAGCCGAUCGAGGGAAGGCGGCCGAGAUGGUCAACAAAAUUUCGGGAAUCGUGAUCGCAACCAGCUCAUCCGUAAAGAAGGGCAUUGUUGGCAUGGGCGGCCUUGCACGGGAUAUUCUCUUCAACAGAACUAGCGAGACUGUGACAAACUAUGCUGUUGUUCUUGGGACAAGGGAAGAGCAGAACCCAUAUACAGCAGAGCUAGCAGCCAUCGCAAUGGCCCUGGAGAAGUUACCGGCUAGCAUCUGCCACAGGCACAUCACCGUGAUCACUAGGAACCAGUCAGCGCUGGCAGCAGUUGGACAGCCGCGGCAGCAAUCCGGCCAAAGCAUCAUACGGCAAAUCUACGACUUGGCCAGGCUGCACCGACAAAGAGGGAACUCGGUCAACUUUCUGUGGAUACCAGCGGAGAUUGACUUCGCGCUGGGGUCAGAUGCCAAGGCAGCAGCCCAGAGAGCGUCGAAGCAAGGACGCACACCCGACUCCCAAAUACCCCAGGCCAAGUCUACCGCGAUGAGGCUGGCAAUGGAAAGACAACGGGCGACAAGAGUUCUACCUGUAAGCGUGGGCAAGUUCUCAAAGGCCAUGGACGCAGCACUACCAGGCAAGCACACGCGCCAUCUCUAUGACAAGCUGAAGCGAAGGGAGGCCUGCGUAUUGGCGCAGCUCCGAACCGGAAUGGCGAGACUGAACGGUUUUUUGAGCAGGAUUGGGGCGGUCGAGUCAGACCUUUGUGCCUGUGGACAAGCGAGGGAAUCAGUGGAACACUUUCUUUUCCGAUGCGUGAGAUGGACAGCUCUGAGGGAAGACAUGCUGCAAUGCACAGUGGCAAGACGAGGAAGCCUCUCGUUCUAUCUGGGAGGGAAAGCGCCAUCAGAUACAAGGCAUUGGUCACCAGAUAUGAAGGCAGUCCGGGCGACGAUCAAAUACGCAAUGGCAACAGGAAGGCUGGAGCUGAAUGAGGAGGAGAGUCUAGACCAGUCACAGUAG